AGCGCUGCGGGCCGUGUCUGGCGCUGGUGGACGUCAUCGACUUGCCAAAGUUCAAUGGCACGGCUUCGUCGUACGGAAAAACGGAGUCGUGCACAUCUUCUAGCUGCAGAACUCGAAGCUCUUGCUAUUUGCCAACUCGCAGCUGCCGAAGACAAGGGUGACAAAUUUAUCGGCUUUGCCACAACUGCGUUAACGUUUGGCGCGUCCAUUGCACUAGUGAGACCGACCGAACUUGACCAAAUGUUUGGGAGCUACUUGGCCGUUCAGCGCAUAAUUAGGUGAC